AUGUCGCUGGUCAAACGGUUGUCCCCUGCCGAGCGGGCGCCGAGCGGCACGGACCGCAGCGACAGCCCACUCCUCAAGAUACCGGGCAGCCCCUCGGGGCCACAGAUGUUAAACUGUGAUGAAGUUCCCUCGUGGUAUGCCCAGAACCCAUACAUACGCACAGGUUAUAGGCCAGUGACACCGUCGAUUCCUCGGUGUCUGAGCAGCCUACGGUACCUUCACAACGAAACUGUGAAUGUCUACUCCCACCUCAUUCCGGCCACCAUAGCUUUUCUGGGCAACGGGCUUCUCUAUGGUUAUUUCAAGACAUCUUUUCCGGACGCUACCUGGACCGAUCAGCUUGUUUUCCAUAUCUACUUGACAACUUCAGUUCUUUGCUUUGGUAUCUCAUCUGCAUACCAUACCCUUCUUUGUCAUUCGGCCCAUUUCAGUGAUGUAUGGGUCGCUUGGAUUAUGUCGCUAUUGUAUUCCAGAUUCUUGGUUCGCUUAUCUCGGGGAUAUACAUUGGAUUCUACUGCGAGCCACACCUACAAAAGCUUUAUUGGUCAAUGGUCCACACAUUUCCCCGAGUCGUGGAAACCCGGAAGCUUUGACAUUUGGGGGUCAUCUCACCAGGUAUUCCACAUCUCCGUGGUAAUUUGUGCGACUGUUCAUUUGUAUGGGAUCUUGCUUGCUUUUCAGUGGAAUAAUGAAAAUCAGCGAUGCAAGACUGGUUGA